AUGCCUGUUGAAGCGAUUACCUCGUACGAACAAUUCAAAGAGCUUAUCGAUGGUGAUAAGCCCGUUGUGAUUGAUUUCUGGGCAACAUGGUGUGGACCUUGCAGAGUGAUAUCCCCUAUUUUUGAGAAACUCUCGGGACUAGACAGCUUCGAAAAUAUCGGAUUUUAUAAAGUUGAUGUCGAUCAACAAGAGCAAAUUGCCCAGGAAGUUGGCAUUAAGGCAAUGCCAACCUUCGCAGUUUUUCACAAGGGUAACAAAGUUAAUGAGCUGGUGGGGGCCGACCCUAGAAAGUUGCAAUCCUUGGUUGAAGGCACAGCUUGUCUCUAA